UGAAAGUGUAUCUCGGCGGGUGAUGACGGGCAUUGAGCGGCCUCGGACAACCAUCGUUGCCAUGGAGCUAUCUGCUCAGAGCUCCCCACUGUGGACGCAAUGGUAAGCGUAUAUAGACCGCUCUUUGCUCGCCGUGUUCUCGUCUCCGCUUCCCACUGAGCUUUUUCAACCAUCUACUACUUCUCAGCAACUACACAACCACAACAUCUAUCCUUUCCCACAUCUACAGCAAUCAAUCGCAAUGGCCCCGCAAACAGUUGAGACUUCCCGCCUUGACGGCAAGGUUGCCCUCGUCACUGGCUCAGGCCGUGGCAUGGGUGCCACCAUGGCCACCGAGAUGGCCCGCCGCGGCGCCAAGGUCGUCGUGAACUAUGCCAACUCCGCCGAGAUGGCCAACAAGGUUGUGGACGAGAUCAAGAAGAACGGUGGUGAGGCCAUCGCCAUCAAGGCCAACGUUGCCAACGUCGAGGAGACCUCGGCCAUGAUGAAGCAGGCUGUUGAGCACUUCGGCCAGCUCGACAUCGUCUGCUCCAACUCCGGCGUUGUUUCCUUCGGUCACUUCAAGGAUGUCACCGAGGAGGAGUGGGACCGCGUCUUCCGCAUCAACACCCGUGGCCAGUUCUUCGUGGCUCGCGAGGCAUACAAGCACCUGUCUGUCGGCGGCCGCAUCAUCCUCAUGGGCUCCAUCACCGGCCAGGCCAAGGGUGUUCCCAAGCACACCGUCUACUCCGGCUCCAAGGGUGCCAUUGAGACCUUCGUCCGUUGCAUGGCCAUCGACGCCGGUGACAAGAAGAUCACUGUCAACUGCAUUGCUCCAGGUGGCAUCAAGACCGACAUGUACCACGCCGUGUGCCGCGAGUACAUCCCCAACGGCGCUCAGCUCACCGACGACCAGGUCGACGAGUACGCCGCCACUUGGUCCCCGCUCAACCGCGUCGGUCAGCCUAUCGAUGUUGCCCGCGUUGUCUGCUUCCUUGCCUCGCAGGAUGGCGAGUGGGUCAACGGCAAGGUCAUUGGCAUUGACGGCGCUGCCUGCAUGUAAAACAUUUCUUAAGUCAUAGUGUCUGUACAGCGGCAUGGGAGUGGAUGGCUUCCAGGAGUAAGGCUUGACUUAUUGGGCGUAGAGCGGAAAGUUAUGGACACAGAAAGAGGCGUCAAUGAAGAG